AUGGCAUCCAUCAACGACUUACCCGCUGAGCUCUUGCUAGAAAUCUUCCAUGAACCAACACUCUCAAUGUUUGACUGCAUGCGCUUGGGUGAAACAUCCAAAAUAUGGCGAGAGCUCUUUCAGAGCUCUUCGCGCAUACAAGAACGUAUGUGGCUCAAGCGAGACCGAGCUCUUCCGUACCUGCGCAAGCCGAGAAUCAAGACAGACGCUUUUGCUCUGCUCGUGGUUGUCCGCCAACUGCCUGCUACAAUUUGGAAUGACUACCAAGAAGACCUGUGGGAAAUGACAUGGCGGCACGAUCACUCAUGCGGAACGCUAUCUUGGCCACGCAACCUCAUCUUCGACCAUUUGGAGGAGUUUCUACAUAUUGUCAAUCCGCACUUCAUCGCGCAGCCACCAUAUACUGACUGCAGGGCUCGCAUGCCUUCUGAUAUGCACAAGAGCCUUGUGUUCUGUAGCCUGAACGAUCUGCGGACGAAGAUGGUAAUGCCCUGCACCAAGGUCAAGGCGUCGUGGGAGAGCAUGCUCAUCUCACAACAUCUGGUGACGGAAAUUCAGAUGCAUUUCGAGCUGUCGAUAAGAUAUCGAGGCCGGAGCGCUAUCUUACCCGAGAUCGUAUGGCACUACUGUAGAAGCGAGGCUGCACUGGGCGAAGAGCUCCGGAUGAAGGAUUUGGUCUACGGAUUUCGGAGGAAUAUAGAGAAAACGUUCGAGCAGCUUAGCAUGUACGGCGUGGGGGUGGACUUUACAGGACUUUCUAAAGCAGAAUUGGUGCAAGAACACGACGUUCGAAGCCCUUCGCCGUUGGGAUCCAGAACGGAUGAAGGCUUGACGAUCGGCAAAGGUGUCGAUCCUUGCUUCGAAGACACAUCUUUGAUAGAACAGUCACAUACGUCCAAAAACAUCACACUGCACUGGGAGCAGGCAUCCUACUACUCUGCAGUGUCUGCGGUCGAUCGAAAGGGUCACAAUGUGCCAAUUCAGGACUAUCGCGACAGCCCGCAAACGGCUUUAAAUCAGACCGCUGGGGUCUUCCUCGCACACUUAUAUCCGCCACCUCGUUUGCUGAUUGUCCCGGGCAUGUAUGCCGGAUAUCACCCUCGUAACGAGGUAUGUACCGCCAAAUGGCGUGAGCGCUGCAGCAAAACAGCCGCCGCAUCCGCGAUGCCUACAUCACAAGCGGAGUGA